AUGGAAGACGUAUGGGUGGAGUUACGAGCUCCAAGGUUUGUCGUACAUGGUCACAGUGCUGUGUUCAGAUGCGAGCAUAACGUCGACCCUGAAACACUUUACAAGGUGGUGUUUUUUAAGAGCGGUCAGAGAAUAAUGCAGUACGUACAAGGUCGAGAUCCACAGUUUGAGCGAUAUAACUUCACAGGAGCAGAUAUAAAUCUACUAACGAUGACCCCAACAUCGAUAACCCUAGAGAAGAUGGAUUUUCCAGCUUCCGGUCCCUACGCCUGCGAAAUUGCAUUGGAAAUACCGCUGUAUUCAAAAGCCUCGAAAAUACACGAAGUGAGCGUGAUUGUACGACAGAAAUAUCGGCCAAAAAUAAAAAUCAAACACAAAAAGCUAUCCUCCAGUAACGAUCUAGAAGCCACAUGUCAAAGCGGACCCGCUUACCCCGCGCCCCACCUUACCUGGCUCAUAAAUAAUGUUAAGGUCGAUGAAAGGUUGACUAUCCCUCAUGGUACGGUCAACGUACAUCGCCACCAUCACGGAAUGCCCUUAUCUGUGACAAAUUCUUCACUCCGGUUUCCAUUAACAAGUCUGCAGCUUCAUCCGAACCAAACUGUUGAUAUCACCUGCCUGAGUACUAUACCUAGCUAUCCUAGUACAGGCGAGGGUUUUGCAGAUGUUCAAAAUCACACUGUAACAGUAAACGUUAUUCGCAUGGAACCUGCACCCGUGCCAACACAAUUGCCGGUGAAAAUAAUAAGUGCUGAACAAAAUCGAUCCACUUACUUGAAGAUUAGUAAUUAUUGGGUUGGUAUACUUUUAUUCCAUACUAUUUUGAACAUUGUAGCAAAUACGAGAGACUAG